AUGGCAGUUACAACGAGUGCAGCAGCAAUAGGAGCAGCAGCACUGCAUGCGUUUGCAGACGACAAUGACAACAUAGAGGCGGAGAUCAGCGCGCUACAGGAUAAGAUCUGCGAGCUGCAGGCCUGCCUUCUCGGCCCGGGCCUUCUAAACCCAAGCCCACACGCGGCUGACACGCCCGCACAAACGCUUGCUGCGUCCACAUGCACAGAGGCCUUGCUUCAAAGUGCCUUUGCGAGUGAUACUACUGCUGCUACUAGCGAUGCGUGCGUGCUGGAAGCCUUGAGUCGGAGCCCUUCCAAGGGUUCCACCCUGGACGACUCUCUCCUGUUGGAUUCCGUGCUUGCGAACGCUCUGCUGCCACAACUGCUGCCUGCACAACAACCAGUGGCCGAAGGUGCCUUGGCGCGCAGAGGUAGCAGCAGUGAUGCGGCGAGCACGCUGAGGCUGCCAGAGGAAGCAGCAGCGUUGAGGCGGAGUGCACCAUCCAGAGGCUCCAACCUUCCCCACUCCUCGCUCCUGCUGGAUGCCGCCCUGCUGCCCCAACGGCUUGCAACGACGGAGCCAGCGCCGGCAGAGUCAGUGCCGGCAGAACCAAUGGUUGCAGAGUAUUCGCCGCCAGCACCUGAUGAUCCUGCUGUGAGCCCCAUGCAGUUUGCGAGGACCAAUGGUAAGCGGCCGCGAUCGCCGCUAUUGGUGCCGCCCGAUGGCCUGUAUCAGCAUCGGGAGAGCCUCUAUCGUCAGCAGCAGGAUGAGCAUGCGCACGCGCAUGGCCUGUAUAUGCAUCACCUCUCUCUAGGGCAUCAUGAAGGCGGGCGGGGCAUCUCGUCUCCUACCGUACCCACCUCCUGCCCCUCUCCGUGCUGCUCCCCCCGGCCCAGUCGCAUCAGCCCUCCCAGCCUUGCGUCCCUUGACCUGCGCUGCGUUGCCCACACUCCCGAGGCAAGCCCCCAGACUGCUCUGGAUUCGUCCCUGCAGUAUCACCUGCAGCACCACUCGAUGGCCUGGCAGAUCGACGGCCGUCUCUUUCUCGUCAGUCCCUGUCCCCCGAGUCUCCUCUCUCCCGCUGCUCUUCCUGGGGAGCGGGCAGCGGAGGCAAGGGGUCCACGUGCUUUGCUCCAGCAGAACGCCAGGAGGAUUGCAGCAAGCGAUCUGGUGGUGUUGGGGCCGGUGUCAGCAGCUGUGAAGGCCCACUCGCUGGACAGCCACCCGCUCAUCCCCUCCUUGACUCUCCCUGGCGCCUCUGUGAGCCCGAGCGCGCUGCCGCCGCACCUUGCAGCAUCGGAGAUUGCUGCUCGGAUUCCCGCCGGUGCUGCCGCGUUUGCGCCUGUCGCGCUGGGGCUCCGCGUGCUAUUGAAUCCGUCCGGCGGAGCGCGAAAAGUCACUAUCCCGGUUAUAUCGCCGGCUGCUCACCAGCAGCUGCUGACGUGGCAGCAGCAGCAGAGACUGCGGACGUGGCAGGCGCGGCGAAAUGCGUACGCAAUUGCGCUCCAGAAGCAAGAAGAGGAGGAGGAGCAGCAGCAGCAGCAUGAAAGGGAGGAGCUAUCACACAAUGGCGGAGAGGGAGGAGCGGGAGGGGGAGUGGGAGCAGAGGUAGCGGCAGGAGCGACAGGAAGGACAGAGAGGGCAGCGGGAACAGAGGGAACAGAGGGAGCAGGGGGAGCAGAGGGGGACAACACAGGCGAAGGGUGCGAGGCUCUUCAAGAGGGGAGCGAUUUGUCUCAAGAGGGGAGCGAGGCAGCAGUGGAUGCGGCAGUGGCGGCGGUGAACCAGGCGGGUCAACGGCUAGUUCUCAUGAUGCGCUCCGUCGACAAGCACCUCUCCUUCUGGCGCCGCCUCGCCCUCGCGUCGCCCUCGCAGCAGCUCUGGAUCGUGCUCUUCCGACGCGGCCCGCUCGCCUUCCUCCACACGUCCCUCUCGCUCUCUCUCUCACUCGCUCUCUCCGCCGCCAACCGCUACCUCCUCCCUCUCCUCCCGUCUCCCACCCUUCCCCCUUCCUCCUCCUCCCGUCCUCCUCCCGCCUCUCCUUCCUCUAACCUCGUCCAGCCCAGCUCUCCCCAACCCUCCCACUCACUUUCUGCAAAUCGCGUUCUGACACCAGAGGGGCUGCUGCUAGGCCUGGCAGCGCCGAGCCUGCAGGGCUUGGUUCGGGAGAUGGUGGCAGAGAAAGUGGUGGUGCUGGGGGAGGUGCAACUGGCUCUGAGCGCCGCUGCUGGGCAGGUAAGGGAGAAGCGGGGUUGGGGAGUGGGGGAAGGGGGUGAGCAGGGGAGAAAAGAGGAAGGAGGGGUCUACCUAUCGUCAGCUGUAAUCCCUGCCCCAUCCUCCCUCGCCCUCUCUGCCCUCACCACCACCACCGCCACCAGCAGCAGCAGCAUCAUGAGCACAUCUCCUCCCGACCCGCUCGCUCUGCUCUCCUCAAUCCUACAAGCCUGCCACGUGGCAGUCACACAGGCCUCAGGGAUCUACGGGGAGAAGCCCACCUCAGGAGCAGGGGGGCCAGAGGGGACGGUGGAGAGUGGUGGUGCUUGUAGUGAAGCAGUCAGUAACGAGGCAGGUGGGGAGUUGGGCGGUGCUGGGGUAGCAGAAGAUGGCAGCGGGCUAGGUGUUUCAACACAAGGAGCAGUGCCCGCUGCUGCAGUGGUUUCCCCAGCCGUUGUGUGUGGGCAGGCAAAGCAGCUCAACGAGGAUGUGAAGGGUCUGCAGAAACUGGUCUCUGCUGCGGUAGGUGCCGGCUGGGGUGGGUGGCUGCUGGGGUGGGUGACAGCUGGGGUGGGCGACAGCUGGGGUGGGUGA